CUUUUUUUGCCCUAGUGGCAUAAUCAGUGGAUCUGUGACACUUCGUCCAACACCGUUCGUUAAUGGCAGUGACUCCUUGAUAUUUAUCCAGUCAGCUAGGGUCACUCGUCACCGGUGACUGGCUCAUGGAGUCAUGGGUCAGAGAAGAACAGUUCCUGCAUUUACCUGCCCAUUGAGCGGCACACGGUGGCGCUGCUCCGUACUGGAGAGAAGAUCUAAGCUAAAAAGCAGGACGUUCGAACGUGUCGCCCACCGCCGUGGCCCUCCACCUGUGAUGCGAUCCACUGGGCGACGACGGCGACCGUAGGCCUGCCUCCUUUGGAGCCCCCCCAGCUUUAUUCCAAAGCACAAAAGCAUCCGCCCGUCCACCCCCAAAAGAACCAGAAUCCUCGUCACGCACAAGCGCACAACGCAACGCAAACCCCCCGCGCCAAGGAAACCAGAGCAGGCGGCGCCGUCGUCGUCGUCGUCGUCCGUGGGACGUGGGAGUGUGAGCCUGUGGGUGUGAGCGGAAGCCGCAGCCAUGGGGUGCGGGCAGUCCAAGGAGGACGCGGACGGCGCCGUGGAGCGGUGCCGGGAGCGGAAGAACCUGCUGCGGGCGGCCGUGGAGGCGCGGCACGCGCUCUCGGGGGCGCACGCGGGCCACGCGGCCGCGCUCCGGAACGUCGGCGCCGCGCUCUCCGACUACGCCAGCGGCGAGGCGCACGAGGGCGCGCUGCGCCACUCCGCCUCGGCCGCCGCGGUCCUGUCCUCCGCCGGGGGCUCCGGCGCCGAGGCGGCCGCGCUCGCGCUCCCGCCGCCCCCGCCCCCGCCGGGCCCCCCCGAGGACGCCCCGUCGCUCGUCAGGUCCAUGAGCGCGCCCGACCUGCCGCUCCCGCCGGCGAUCAAGAAGAAGCCCUCCGGCGAGGCGCCCAUCAUGGAGGAGGAGGAGGAUGAAGGUGAGGACGCGCGGCCUCCGGAACCGGAGGACGAUGGCCAGCUCCAGCCCCCGCCACCGCCGCCACCGCCUCCGACGCAGCUGCCCGCGCCCACGCGUCCCCCGCCCUCCCUGCCGCCGGACACGAGGCGCAAGGGGGAUUCCUGGAGCGAGAUCAUUUUCGGGUCCCCGGACGGCUUAACCGUCCCGCCACCCACUCUGGCACCCAGCGCAGCCACCGCCGCCUCGUGGGCAGCCGAGCGGGCGGAGGCCCCCGCGCCGCCGCCGCCUCCCCCCGAGCCAGAGGAACAGCCUCUGCGUCCACCGCCAGCGCCGCCCGCGGCCGCCGAGGACGUGGCCAAGGGCAAGAAGCCGAUGGUCGAAGCCGUGGCGCGGAGGGCGGUGACACAGAAGGCCGCGAGGAGGCCGGAGGGCAAGAAAGGCAGGACGGUGGUGAUGGCAGCGCCGGAGGCGGCGAGGCUCGGCGACAUCCUUCGCGACCUCGACGAUCAUUUCCUCAAGGCAUCGGACAGCGCACACGAGGUGUCCAAGAUGCUGGAGGCGGCGCGGAUGCACUACCACUCCAACUUCGCCGAAACGCGAGGAUUUGUCGAUCAUUCUGCUAGAGUGAUGCAAGUUAUCACUUGGAACCGCUCAUUUAAAGGGAUACCACAACCGGAACAGGUGAAGAAUGAGUUAGACGACGCCGAAGGCGAAACACACGCCACCGUUCUCGAGAAGCUGCUUGCAUGGGAGAAAAAACUAUCCCAUGAAGUGAAGGAGUUUGAGGUUAUCAAAAUGGAAUAUCAACAAAAGCUAGCUUCUCUGAACAAGAAGAAGCAGCGUGGGGUCAGUUCUUCAUCAUUUGAGAGGACUAAAUCUGCUGCUAGUCACUUGCAUACAAGAUAUGUUGUCGAUUUGCAAACAAUGGAGUCCACGAUUGCAGAGAUUAACCGGCUGAGAGAUCAACAACUAUACCCAAAACUUCUUGAGCUUGUGAAGGGGAUGGGGCACAUGUGGGACACAAUGUACAAGAACCACAAAGCACAGUUCAAGAUCAUCUCCGAGCUCAAAUCGUUCGAUAUCUCGGUUGCGGCACGGGAAACAAGCGAACAGCACAACGAAAGGACUGUGCAGCUAUGGCAGGUCGUUCAGGAGUGGCACGCGCAGUACAGCAAGUUCAUGGCGUCUCAGAAGGAGUACGUCGGAAACCUCUACAGCUGGAUCAAGCUGAAUGUGAUCCCCAUUGAUACCAACCUGAAGUCCAACUCGUCGCAACCAGUCGAGACGACGCCUCCCAUCAAGAGGCUUCUCCAUGCUUGGCACGAUAACCUCGCGAAGCUCCCCGACGAGGAUGCUAGGAAGGCCAUACACACAUUUUCGGAGGUGGUGCACAUAAUCCUGGUGCACCAGGACGAGGAAAUAAAGCUGAGGCAAAGGAUUCAGGACACAAGGAAGGAGCAUGAGAGGAAGAGCAGACAGUUCGAGGAUUGGGCUCAGAAGUACAUGGAGAAGAGAGCAGGGAUUCCUCCGGAGGCCGGCAAUCCCGACGGGACACGCGCCGACCCGCUCGCGGAGCGGAAGGCAGCCAUGGAGAAGCUGGAGAAUUCGCUGAAAGAACUGGAGGAGGCAUACACGAAGCAAUGCAAGGUGGUGAGGGAGAAAUCCCUGAGCCUCCUACGGACAAACCUGCCCGAGCUGUUCCGCAUCGUGUCGGAAUUCUCCCUCCAGUCGGCGGCCAUGUUCAAGGGUCUGUGGUCGAUCUCGAACACGAAUGACCAGCUGGAUGAUUGAUCCGUGCUUGCUUGUUUAAUUUCUUGUGUGGUGAUUUUUGUGUUUAUGUUGAUAGGUUGUGCUGUUGUUGUAUAUUUAGUUCAAGUGCAAAAAUGGGAAGAUGGCUAGCCCUUGUUGUUUGGAGCUACGGUGUUGUAAUGCAUGUAUAUGUCUUGGAUAGGAAAUCACGCUUUUGUUUCAAAUAUCAACAAUUUUGGUAGGUUUUACAACCUUU